UUUUAAUUAAGAAUUGUUCCUCAAAUCUCCAGUAGAAAUAUUAAUUAAUCAAUAACAAUCACAUCACUAAAAAAAAAUGUAACACAUACCUUCUAAAUUUCUUAAAUUCACCCUCUCUUUACCAAGAAUUACUUUUGAGUUUUAACUUUCAACAGAAGUAACGGUGUAAACUUCGAUUCGGGUAUUCAUUCCAAGAUCAGGAUCAGGAUCCGCUGCUGUUGUAAGUAAUGAAUCUUAAAAGAAUAGUCAAACGCAAAUUAGCCACUUCAAAGAAAGUACUUGCCAAUCGAACAAGACCUGGUGAUCCGAUAAGGCCUAUUAAACCGAGAAGAUAUAGACCAGGAACAAUUGCUUUACGUGAGAUUAAACGUUAUCAAAAGACUACUAACCUAUUGAUCCGUAAAUUGCCCUUUUCUCGUGUGGUACGGGAAAUAGCUUUAGAAAUUUUAGGACCGAGAACUGAUAUCGGGUUUAGAUGGCAAUCCGCUGCGAUAUUGGCUCUUCAAGAAGCUACUGAAGCUUAUCUGGUCCAUUUAUUUGAAGACGCUAAUUUAUGUGCAAUUCACGCGAAAAGAGUUACAAUAAUGCAAAAAGAUAUUCAAUUGGCGAGGAGAAUUCGUGGGGUUUUUGGAUAAAAAGGCUUAAUGAUUGCCUAUUGUUUUCUGGUAAUACAUGCGGAUGCAAUUUGUUUCUCUUUUAAUUUUUCUUCCAAUAUAAGGUCCGUUUAAUUUGGCUAUUUGGCGUAGCUAAAUGAAUAUAUUAUAGUUAGAAGUGUUACAGUAUGUAGAAAUAAAUUUCAGCAUUAUAUAAUUAGAAAUAAACGGAACACUUGUUAAAAAGAAAAUAAUCUUGGAUCAAAAUAAAUUUCAAAUCCA